GCCUGUAGGUCAUAUCGACAAGACGUAAAUACUUCAAUAACAUUUAUCCUUUUGCAUAAACAUUGACUUUCAGAAGUAUUUAUUGUUUAAUUCCACUAAUUUUCUAAUAAACGGAAAAGAGAUUUCUGAAUGGAAAUUUCGUUAAUAAAUGCUUCGAAUGUACAUUUAUUUCUAAAAGAUGUCAGUGUAACAGUUAUCUUUGACAGUCGAUUCUUGACAAAAACAUGACAUUUAUUUAUAUGAUUUUCUGACUGGAAUGUAAAAAUCUAAAAUUGCAAAAUGGUUUAUCUGCAUUUCCCAUCGAAUUUGACGGAGGAGGAGUUGAUGCUGCAGGCGAAAUACAACAAAUUAAAGAGAAAGAAAAAAGCUCUUCAAGAUUUGAAAACACCGAAACCAGAGCCUGAGCGAAUGCCUCAAGCUCCAAAACGUCCAACGGAAGCCAGAGAUGCACGUGAAGUAGCGAAAAAAUUGAUAAAAUCAGGUGUCAUCACAGCUCCAAAGACUCCAAAACGACCAGAGCAAUCAUUCAAGCGUCCCCGCGGCUUGGAACGCAAAUUAAAUAGCACAGAGAAGACUGUUUGCUCCUAUCAGCCAUUCUCAGCAACGCAAUCAGAAGAAGAAGAGGCUGAAACAGCAGCUAGACCUCGUGUCAAGGAUCUCUAUGACAGUUUUAUAAGUGCUCAGAGUACUGAGGAAAAUCCACCAGCUGCUAAACCAACUCCCACCAAAUCUGAUUAUAAACCGAGAACUGGGAAUACCCUAUUUGUAUGUGGAUACAAAAUAUCGUUGGAUUUCUUGAAGAAACACUUCAGUUCUUUCGGAAAUAUCAUCAAUAUCACCAUGGAGGCUGAGAAAAACCGAGGUUUCGUAACAUUUGAGAAAUCCGAAGCAGCAGAACGGGCGAUAAACGACAUGGACGGCAGUAUGGUAUCCUCAAUCCAAUUGAAAGUGUCUUUGGCUCGUCGUCAGCCAAUAAUUGACCCAAUAAACGACACAACAUCCAGCUCUAUGUGGUCCUCGAUAGCAGCGAACUACUCUCAAAAAUCAGCCCACAAAGACCGAAGGGACGUGAUGGUAUACGAGGAGGAUCUUUUCCAAUGACAGAUAAUUCUCCUGUUCUUAAUUUAUCAUCAAUGAAUAUUUUAUGUAUUAAAACAUAUAAGUAACAAUUAUUCAUAGACUCAACAAUUGUAGAAAUAUAUGUGAAAUAUAAUAUUAAUUAUGAUAUACCUUAGUAUUA